CCUUGAACCAAACGCAUACAUACAUACCUCUUAAACUCUAGAACCUUCUUCUCCGACGACCACCACCGAAAAAACCCUAACAAUGGCCGACGCAGCGGCCCUCGAAGAUCCGCUAUCCUCCCUACCAAUUCCACCUCUCAGUCCCUUCAUAUUCUCCGACGACCUCACCUUCCCCGAGGAUAUCCUCUCGUUCGACCUCGAUGACCUCGGUAUCACCUUCGACGAUCAACAUCAACAUCAUCCUUCAGAUGCCGAACAAUUAUUCAAUUCAACCGUUAAUCAAUCGAAUCCGUUUGAUCUGUCAUCUUCUGAUCCUCAUUUCUUCGAUUUUGUGCCUGAUCACGAAACCGUUGCUGCGAAUUCAGGUAAUAUGUUAGGAAAUCAUGAGUCGGAUGUUGUGAAAUCAGGUAAUUUGUUAGGAAAUCAAGGAUUUGAUGUUGCGGACUCAGGUAAUCUGUCAGGAAAUCAAGGAUACGAUGCUGCGAAAUCAGGCAAUUCGUCAGGAAGUCAGGAGUUUGACGUUGCGGAAUCAGGUAAUUUGUUAGGAAAUCACGGAUUGGAUAUUUCUAGAUUUGUUAACAUUCAGUCACCCGAUGAUUGCGGUAUAGGUUUUGUUGAGGAAAUUAUGAAUCCGGUGAGGAUUUCGGAGAAUUCACCUUCGGAAAUGAGGAAUGAGGAUCCUGUUUCGUCUCAGGGCUCUGGAACUUGUGGUUUUGCUGAAUCGGAAGCUGCUGUGAUUUGUACAUCAUCGGAUUCAGGAAAUUCGGUUGUGAAUAAUGUGAAGCGAGAAGCGAGAAGUAAUUUCAUCUUGAAGAGGAAGAACGAGAGUUUAGAUGUGAGUUCGGAGUGUAGAACAGUUAAGCAGCAACGGUCAAACGAAGGUUCUACAACAACCGAAAAUUUAAACGAAGUUAAUGAAGAGGAUGACAAGAAGAAAGCGAGGUUGAUUAGGAACCGAGAGAGCGCACAGCUUUCGAGACAGAGAAAGAAACAGUAUGUUGAGGAGUUAGAGGAUAAAGUGAGAGCAAUGCAUGCAACGAUACAGGAUUUGAAUGCUAGAAUUAGUUACAUUGCAGCAGAGAAUGCAACGUUGAAGCAACAAAUGGUUACUAGUGGUGGUGGUGUGUGUUCACAUCCUGUAAUGUACCCACCACACCCUGCAAUGGCGCCAAUGGGAUAUCCAUGGAUGCCAUAUCCACCUUAUCCUGUCAAAUCACACGGUUCUGAAGUUCCAUUACUCCCAAUUCCACGGUUGAAGACUCAACAGCCUGCAUCUUCGCGGAAAACGAAAACAGAUGUUAAGAAAACUGAAGGUACAUCUAAGACCAAAACAAAAACCAAAAAAGUAGCUAGUAUUAGCUUUCUUGGAUUGUUGCUAUUUAUUGUGCUUUUUGGUGGGUUGGUUCCUAUUAUGAAUGUGAAAUUUGGUGGAGUAAAAGUAAAUGAUGGUGGUUAUCUUGUUAAGCCUCUUAAUGAUUAUAAGUCUUACAAUCAACACCAUGGGAGGGUGUUGACGGGUGAUGAACAUGUCAAUGGAACUAAUCAUAACGCUAGUGAGCCUCUUGUCGCAUCUCUUUAUGUACCGAGGAAUGAUAAGCUUGUAAAAAUCGAUGGUAAUUUGAUAAUAUCUUCGGUUCUAGCAAGUGAGAAAGCUAUGGCAUCUAGGGAAGAACAAGAAACAACUCUAGAUUUGGUCCCUGCAAUCCCCAUUCCGACGGUAAAAAGGAAUGAUGGAAGACAGCCUUAUACGUAUAGGACUGCAAGUGAUCAUCAAAGAGCUCUUCCAUCAAAUGAGGAGAAUUUGCAGCCAAAACAUGCUGAUGGUAAACCGCAACAAUGGUUUCGCGAAGGUCUUUCUGGACUGAUGUUGAGUUCAGGCAUGUGCACUGAAGUAUUUCAGUUUGAUGCAUCUGUGGCUGGAGCUUCAGGAGCCAUAGUCCCCGCCACGUCACUAGUCAACAUCACUGCCACCCCAAACCGCCACAAUACAACCUCCAUCACCACCGUGAAGAACAGAAGAAUCCUCCAUGGUCUUCCAAUACCCCUUUCGGAUUCCACCACCAACAUCACCAAAGAACAAGUAGCGGGUCAUGACUCAAAGCACGAGGACCACCUAAAAAACAAGUCAGUUUCAUCAAUGGUGGUUUCCGUGCUGGUUGACCCUAGGGAGGCCGGAGAUGGCAGUGAUCUUGACGGCAUGAUGGGUGGUGGUGGUGGUGGUAAAGGUACUUCAUUUUCAAGAAUAUUUGUGGUGGUUCUAUUAGAUAGUGUGAAGUAUGUUACCUACUCUUGCAUGCUUCCUUUAAAAGGAGCUAGUCAUCUAGUAGCAGCUUAAUAAAGUUAAUUUUGUAGAUAUUAUAUAGUAGUCAUAUAGGAAGAAUUCAUUCAUUGUACUUUUGAAUCUAAUUUUGUUCUUUGUGGUCUAGAUGUAGAUAUGACAUUUGAAACUGUUUAUAUAUAUCAUCUAAUUAUCUA